CUAUAAAUACAUCUUCGCUCUCUCAUUAAAUAUUACAUUACACUCUUUCAUUUUCAUCAUUUAUAACUCAAACUUAACUACCCAUAGUUUUUCACUUCAUUUCAUAGAAUGAAAGAAUAUUGGACUUCUCUCGCAUCAAUUCUCGGUGUAUUCGCUUUCUGUCAAACAAUUCUCCAAACAGUUUUUCCACCAGAGCUUCGUUUCGCUUCCGCGAAGCUCUUCAACAAAAUCUUCAACUGUUUCUCAUCUUACUGCUACUUCGAAAUCACCGAAAUAGACGGCGUUAACACCAACGAACUCUACAACGCCGUCCAGCUUUACCUAAGCUCCUCCGUCUCAAUCACCGGCAACCGUUUAAGCCUGACACGCGCCGUUAACUCCAGCGCUUUCACCUUCGGUCUCGCCAACAAUGACAGCAUCGCCGAUAUCUUCAACGGCGUUAACGUCGUUUGGGAACACGUCGUCACUCAGAGAAACUCUCAGACAUUCUCAUGGCGUCCGUUACCAGACGAAAAACGCGGUUUCACUCUUCGGAUUAAGAAGAAGGAUAAGCACUUAAUUUUGAAUAGCUAUUUGGAUUACAUUAUGGAGAAAGCGAGUGAUAUUCGGAGAAAGAAUCAGGAUCGUUUGUUGUAUACAAAUUCUCGAGGUGGAUCGUUGGAUUCUAGGGGUCAUCCAUGGGAAUCUGUGCCGUUUAAACAUCCAAGCACUUUUGAUACAUUGGCUAUGGAUCCUGAGAAGAAGAUAGAGAUCAUGAAUGACUUGCAGGAUUUUGCUAAUGGACAAGGCUUUUAUCAUAAAACUGGCAGGGCUUGGAAAAGAGGUUAUCUUCUUUAUGGGCCACCUGGAACUGGGAAAUCUAGCAUGAUUGCUGCUAUGGCUAAUUUUCUUGGUUAUGAUAUUUAUGACUUGGAGUUAACUGAAGUCCAUAAUAAUUCUGAACUUAGAAAGCUUCUUAUGAAAACUAGUUCUAAAUCUAUUAUUGUUAUUGAGGAUAUAGAUUGUUCUAUCAACCUCACUAACAGAAAAAACAAUAAAAACAAUGGUUCUGGUUUGGGUUCUGGUUCGGGUUCUGGUUUGGGUUGUUCUAGGAGUUACUAUGAGUCUGGAGUUGGUGAAAUUAGAGGUGGUGUAGGAGAAGAGAAUGUGAAUUCAAUAACGCUUUCUGGCUUGUUGAAUUUUACUGAUGGGUUAUGGUCAUGUUGUGGGAGUGAGAGGAUAUUUGUGUUUACUACAAACCACAUUGAGAAGCUUGAUCCUGCUUUGUUGAGAAGUGGGAGAAUGGAUAUGCAUAUUUUCAUGAGUUAUUGUUCUAUGCAAGCUUUGAAGAUUUUGUUGAAGAAUUACUUGGGGUGUGAGGAGGGUGUGGAUUUGGAGGAGUCUGUUAUGAAGGAAUUGGAGGAGGUUAUUGGAAUGGCGAGGAUGACACCUGCGGAUAUAAGUGAGGUUUUGAUAAAGAAUCGGAGGAAGAAAGAGAGAGCUGUGGAUGAGUUGUUGGAGAUUUUGAAGGUGAGAGCAGAGAAGAAUAAAAAAAAUGGUGAAGGAGAUGAAGAUGAUGAUGAAGAGGAAGAAGAACAAGAGAAAAGGGCACUUGAUAGUGAUAGUCCAAAACAAGAAUCUGAGAUUGAAGAUGAUUGCAAAGAAGGAUCAGAGGAAGAAGAGAAAAUUAAGUGAUUAUUAUAUGAUAAAAGCUGUAAUAGUUAUAUUGGUUUAUGCUGUUAAUUUUGAAUGAUUAUGAUGAUUAAUUUAAGGAAAGUGGGUGUAAUUUGCAACUAAGUAGUGUUUGGAUGAAGAUUUGUUGGGAGGACAGUGAGGUUAGGACUUUACAACCUGACUUAGAUGGGAAGACAGCUGGGGGUUGGUAAACACCUGGGGUGCACAUGGAAUGGAAAAGGCUAGAAGUUUGAUAGGACUGGUAGGGAAUAUGAGUAUUAUGUAGGGUAGCACUGUUUCCUAAUAAUGAAAAAUUUAAAUUGAAUUA